AUUUACUUGCACAAUAUUUAACCUUCCCAGGUCCAUCAACUUAUUUUUAACCAAGAACACAGUAAAACGCGCAUCAAACAGCUACAUACAAACAUCCCCAUUAUUUCCCUGAAAAUAAAACAAGGCCAUCCGUUUCCUAUUCGCACCUUGUUCCAUACACAAUGUCCAUGCCAUCAAGUAGUAACCAGCAAUUAAGUCAUGAGAAUGACAGUUGGAAGAAGACAAUGGUUCUUCCACCCAAGGAUACCCGACCUCAGACAGAGGACGUAACGGCUACCAAAGGCAAUGAGUUUGAAGAUUAUUUCUUAAAACGUGAACUCCUGAUGGGUAUCUUUGAAGCCGGCUUUGAACGUCCCUCGCCUAUUCAAGAAGAAGCCAUCCCCAUUGCUCUCACCGGUCGUGAUAUUCUUGCAAGAGCCAAGAAUGGAACGGGAAAGACAGCUGCAUUUGUGAUUCCUACACUUGAAAAGAUUAACAACAAAAAGUCCAAAAUUCAGGCUCUCUUGCUUGUCCCAACGCGUGAGCUGGCUCUUCAAACAUCGCAGGUAUGCAAGAAUCUAGGCAAACAUUUGGGUGUACAGGUCAUGGUGACCACAGGUGGUACGACCCUCAAGGACGAUAUUAUGCGUUUAAGCGAAUCGGUCCACAUUGUGGUUGGUACUCCUGGACGUAUUCUUGAUUUGGCUUCCAAAGGAGUCGCGGAUUUCAGUGAAGCGUCAACAUUUGUAAUGGACGAGGCCGACAAGCUACUUUCACCCGAAUUUACACCCAUCAUCGACCAGCUCAUCAGUUUCUUCCCCAAAGACAGACAGAUCAUGCUCUUCAGUGCCACCUUCCCCAUUAUUGUAAAGCAUUUUAAGGAAAAGUACUUGGUGAAGCCUUAUGAGAUAAACUUGAUGGAUGAGUUGACCCUGCGCGGUGUAACCCAGUACUAUGCCUACGUAGAGGAGAAGCAAAAGGUCCAUUGUUUGAAUACUCUAUUUUCUAAGCUUCAAAUCAACCAAUCCAUCAUCUUUUGUAACUCGACCAACCGCGUUGAACUGCUGGCCAAGAAGAUCACCGAGCUUGGAUAUUCAUGCUUCUAUUCCCACGCAAAGAUGCUUCAGAGCCAUCGUAACCGAGUGUUCCAUGACUUUAGAAACGGAGUGUGUCGUAACUUGGUGUGCUCGGAUCUGCUUACUCGUGGUAUUGAUAUUCAAGCUGUCAAUGUGGUAAUCAACUUUGAUUUCCCAAAGAAUGCCGAGACAUAUCUCCAUCGCAUUGGUCGUUCCGGUCGUUUCGGACAUCUUGGUCUGGCUAUCAACUUGAUCACCUAUGAAGAUCGAUUCAAUCUCUACAAGAUUGAGCGCGAACUUGGUACCGAGAUCCAGCCCAUCCCACCUGUCAUUGACAAGCGCUUGUAUGUAGCACCUAGUGCUUUAGAGGAUUCUGAGGGCCAAGCUGACAACUAUCAUUUCAGCAACAGCAAUAGAGGUGGUCGUUUCCGUACACAACAACCAAAUGGAGGCGGUAAUUCCAGAUCUCGAAUCCCCGAUCCUUUACCCUAAUGUGAUUAUCUUUCUUUCUUUCCUUUCUUACGCUGUGUCAAUACUUUGGAUUGCUUGUACUUGUAAAUACGUUUAGAGGAAAGGUUUUUUUUUAUUAUUAUUUUACUAUUGACUCUUUGUUCUUUCUUACGUGUCCAUUUUAUUUCUUUUAUACGAACCCGGAUAAGCCCUUUCUUUUAUUUUACUUUUUCUGCAUCUUUGCUUUGUCUUUUAAAGAAGUGUAUUUCUUACAGUCAGACUGUUUCUCUCUUUCUAUGAGGUUUUUUUUUGUUUUAGGUUUUUUCCUUUUUACCUUUUUUUUUUAAACCCUUUAUAGAAAAAUAGAACAUCUUUGACUUCAAAA